AUGGUCGCCUCCAGCACUUUGGUCGCCACGGCGGCAUCACUGCUGCUUUCCAGCGUGCGCGCACAGGGCCCCGACGGCAAGUACGAGAUCUCCGCCGAGGGGAUUCGCGCAAAGUUCAUUCCCUACGGCGCCUCCAUUUCGAACCUCUUCAUCAACGACACCAAUGGCGUCGAGCGCGACAUCGUGCUGGGUUUCGACAAUGCGAGCUACUACUCCAUUGACAAGAUGCACCCGCAUCUUGGCGGCGUUCCUGGGCGCUACGCGAACCGCAUCAAGAACAGCACUUUCACCAUCGACGGUGUGGAGUACAAGGUUGAUGCCAACGAAAACGGCGGCUUGGAUACUCUGCACGGCGGAUCCAAUGGCUGGGACUGGCGCAACUUUACCGUUGAGUCUCACACCGAGAACUCCAUCACCUUCUCCCUUCUCGAUCCCGAUGGAGAGCAAGGCUUCCCUGGAGCCGUCCAGAGCUACAUCACCUACACCCUGACCCCCUACGCUUGGCACCUGAAGAUGUACGCCACAGCGCUGACCAAGAAGACGCCGAUCAUGCUGAGUUCUCACACGUACUGGAAUUUGGAUGGUUUCCAAAACAACGACACUGCAACCGCCCUCAACCAUACCCUGUCGUUGCCUUAUUCUGGCCAGCGCGUUGGGGUUGAUGGUAUGCUGAUCCCCAACGGCACCAUCCUCCCUAACCAGAAGGGUUCUGUCAACGACUUCUGGAGUGCCCCCAAGCAGGUUGGCGCAAGUUUCGACGACCCUGAGAUCGAGGGCAACUGCGGCACUGGCUGUGCCGGCUAUGACAACUGCUUCCUUGUCAACCGCGCACAGGAGGGUCCCUACGAUUGGCGCACCAAGGGCCCUGUGGCCAGUGUGUCGAGUGAUUUCUCGGGUAUCAAGGUGGAUGUUUUCACCGACCAGGAUGCGUUCCAGGUGUAUUCGUGCGGUGGUCAGAACGGAACUCUGGCCCUUAAGGAAACUCAAGGUUUCUUUAACGACGCUGACCGCCCGCGCGUUGUUGAAAAGUAUGGCUGCGUCGUCCUGGAAGUGCAGGACUGGAUCGACGGCAUCAACCAGCCGGAGUGGCAGCGCGACAGCAAGCAGAUCUUCGGUCCUGAGGAUCCUCCCUACGUCUUGGAGGCUAUCUACAAGUUCUCUGUCAAUGACGAAAAGACUGAGUUGUAG